CGUCCGGAUAUUAGGAGGAUAGUGAAGGGCUGUGAUCGACCGAACGUCACUGCUUGAUGGAUUUCGGCUGAUUGAAAUGGGUCCGGUCUAGACUCUGUUAGAAUCGAGUUUUUAUAUUACGGAAUACUCGGAGAUGGAUAUUAGUUUUCACGGUAACAAUGUCAACAGUUUGUGAAAAUAAAAUUUUUUUUUUUUGUUGUGACAUGUGGUUUAAUGGUGAUAGAGGUGUUUAACUGUAUAGCGAAAAUAACUGGUGGAAAAAUGGCAGUUAUUCUGGGCACUGCGGUGGCAAUCACGGUUUUUUCAGCGUGCAUUGCUCCAUUGUUCCAUUACCCGGAUGAUGACGAUGAUAAUGACUUUGACAAGUCGAAAAACGGUUUGGCUCGCACCACUCAAAGUGUCCAAAAGCAUGAGGCAUCGUUGAUGACGAUUUUUCUGAAUGGCCUAAGAAAAAUUGGUAUUAUCCCUCCACCAGCAGAUCCCGAAAAACCUCUGACGCCAAGCUGCAGCGAAAAGCUAACAAAGGGGACGACACCCUCGGUAUGUGUUCCGCCAGUGGUCACAGUCGUCGAUGAUUCAACAACGCGGAAGCCCCUGGAGAAUCCACAGGGGCCACUGGAGAAUCCACAGGGAUCAGUGCACAAUCCUCUGAUUCCACUCUCUAAAGAUUCUGAGAGUCACAACGUCAUGCCGUGCGUCAAUAUUCAUUUAAUCCUGUCAAAGUCGACGCAGUCGACGCAAACCGAGGACCAGUACUUGAGUGCAAUGGAAACUACAGAGACCUCUGAAGGUUCACAGAUGACUGAAAGUAUACGCGAGUCGUCAAUCAGUGAGCCAAGAUCAUCAGACAUGGGAACUCAAACAGGCACACGAAUAACUGAGGACCGGUCGACACUUUCGGCUGGAAAAUUGUUAGCUGCAGGAACUCAGGCGAAACUAGUAAUGACUGAAGCCACAUCAACUCUUCCAAUUCCAAGAUCAUCAGUCCAAACGGGCUCGUUGAUGACUGAAGACAGAGCAACGCUUCUGCAUGCCAUGUUGCCGAUUCAAGGAGAGUCUUUGAUGACUGAUGAGUUGAGUCAAUCAUCUGCAGACCAAAAGCUGUCCGUCGCCGACCAGAAGGUGUUGGUCCCCCGGAUGUCGAAGCCUCCACGAGCUCAUCCACCUAAAAAAUUCAUCGUUGGAGCUUUAAUCCAUCGUGAUGAUUCAUUGGACACCGAUACCGAAGUAUCGAGCAAGUCUAUCAUUAAUCAGCUGCCUUCAGCCAGCUACAAUCGCUUGGAAAUCAGACCAACACCAACCGGGAGAUUUCGUAUGCAAUCAGGCUAUCCCAAUCAGUUAUCUCCAAGUCUUGCGUCUUCCAGUAUGGGACCACCAUCAGCUACGUUAUAUCCUCGUCAUUUCCGGGGAUCAAAUCAUUCAGGGAAUCGACGGACUGGGGAAUCUGAGAAAACCUUCUCAGGCGCAUCAACUUCGUUGGACGACAGACCCAGGAGAACCUUGAAGUCUUUACAGAGUUCUAAUUCUCGGGAUGGUGAGAGUGAUUGUGAAAAAUGUGCUGAUACAAUGGGAGUACAAACUCAGGAUCAUCACUCGUGUCAUAAUAGAGUUCAUAUGGCCGAGACGUCAACACCCAGCAUUGUCAUUCAGGAUUUCGAGAGGUCCAUUGAACCUCAUUCAACCUCAGGAGUUAUGUCUUCGACUAGAAUUCCUAACGCUUCAAUAGCAAGUAUUGCUGAAGAAACUGCGAGUGAUGCACCCGAAAGUCCUUCUGAUAUGUCUCAUGAAGCUGAUCGUAAUCCUGAAGAUGAGGUAAUCAGAAGGUGGAACAAGAACAUGAAUCAAUUGAUCAGGUGUCAAGAUAUCUUCCUAGGACGGAACAGACAUCAGUUUCCGAAUGACCAAGUUGAUGUUACCAAUCAGUCUCCGAAAUUUCCAAACACAUCACCAGAAAUCCUGCGGGGUGUUGAUCACCCAGUUUCGAGGACUACCAUUUCGAAAGAGGAGAACAAUCAAUCGUUGAGUUAUAAGGAGAGGAGAGGAAUUACUCAGAGGAUGAGAAGUUUUUUUCUGCGGCGCAGAAGGGGAAAAUAUGGAAGAACUUUACCGCAAUGUGAGACGAGGGUUGAGGGGACUCUCAGGUGGAACCUGACGAGCCCGUAGAAAUACAUUUAUACAUAUGUAAUUAUUCCCGAAGUUUAUGUUUCAGUUAUUUGAUGGUCUACUAAAUCUUUAUUAUUCAACUUCAGUUUGUUAAUUGUAGUUGAUUGAUAUUUCGAUUACUGACGUUGUGACGUGAUUAUUCAUUUAAAUAAUCACUCCUUCGAGGUUUAUCAUUCGCUUCGACGAUAUGAGGCAUCAUUAUAAACACAAUGUAUCAUGCCAAAUGUCGGAGAGGUGUUGUUGAAUUGUUAUUGAAUGUAAUUUUUUUGCUCUUUGUAAAAUGGUGAUUAAUAAAGAACAAAAAAUUAUUGACAA